UAGUUGACACUCUUUCGCUCUUCCAGUCAUGAAGAAUAGCGUGUACACAGUGCUGCGAUUCUCUCUGCUAAUCAUUGGCUUUUGCCUGGUGUGCCUGGGAGCCUUCUAUGUAUCCUCAAGCUACUCUUGUAACUGUCGAAGUGAGACUAUUGUAGCAUAUACUUUAAUGCCUUUGGGAUUUGUGCUUCUUCUGAUUGGGAUUUUUUGGAGCACAUACCACGAGGCUAACCACAAAAGUCUGUUUCGAAGCGUAAUCAGAAGAAUUCAUAGCCAACAACAAGUCCAUAUUGAGACUGUAGACAGGCCUGAUUACUACCCACCAUCCUAUGACAGUGCCAUGCAGCACACCCCUUCUAACGCUACAUAUAUCAAUAUGGAAACAGAAGGCUUCAACAUCCCUCCUCCACUAUACACCGAGACUGCCAUGGAAGUAGUGGAUGAAACCUAUAUGAAUGAAGAUCCCCCUCCCUAUGAAGCUUCUGUGCAAGAAUACACCUCUCAGUCUUUCCCCAAUUGCGAAGUUUCAGAAGAGGCUGCAAAUGACUGAAUACAUCAACUAAAUGUCAAAGAUGUACCGUUGACAGCUGAUCAGUAGAGGGCGCUAUAAUGGAAAAAGAAUAGCUGUUGCUCCCAAAUCUCGCUGCCAGAAAAGUGAGAAGUAACUACUGCAGCAAAGCAACAUGUCAGGAAGGAAACAGUAGGGUGCACCUAUGUAUUCAAGUCACAUGCUCUGAAAAGCAGACCAUAUUUAUACAUAUAGAUCUGCAGCAUUUAUGAUUGUGGAAUAUUUCUGGAAACCGAUUCCACAUAUAUCCAAUGUUUCGUUACUGACAGUAUAUGUGUUGCCUAGGAAAGAGUCUGGAAUGAAGGAAAAGAUGGGUCGUUUAUGUGAAGUCUACGCUAACAAUGGAGAUGGAUGAGCUCAUUUUAAUGUAUAGGCUUCAUGCAAGUACAUCUCUAACCUGUUGUAAUGAUGCCGAUAGCACAAAUGCACUGUAAUAUGGUGGACAAGACGGUGGGUCAUGCUCCAUAAGACUUGUUACAAUCACAAAUUAGGGAACUACCAGUAUUUUCUUUAAAUCAGCCAUAGAGACUUCCAUCAAGUCUAGAAAUACUAGAAGUGGACAUUUCAGAAAUACUGUGACUGUAUAUCCAUGACAAAAGUAUUGUGUUAACAGCAUUAGCAAGGAUUGUUUGGUCCAGUGCCAGUAUGAAGGCACUCAAUGAAAUAUGCUUGACGAACUAGUAGCCUUGAAAUCUUGGGCCGUAUGAAAGAGUUUAGAUAUUAGCCAGACAAAUGCCAGGAGUCCUUCCUAUAUUAUUAGACUGAAAUACAAUAUGAAGUGUUGCUACACAGUGACAUGCUGUACUUACAAUAUGGUGUUUGUUGUGUUGUGUGUUUUUUUUACUGUAUUUGUAUUGUUUUUAAAUGUUAUUGUUUUUUGUUAAAAUAAAUAUUUAUUUUAAAUAUUAA